UGUCCGGUAUAUUCGGGCGACACGUGGCUGGCGCUCUCUAGAGCUCUCUCUCCAGCUCCUACAAAAUAUUCACCUAGGGCUACUGGGCAGCUCCGAUUGUGAUCGCACAAGGGAAAAGGAUGAAUCCGGAUCGUUUCACGCACAAGACGCGCGAGGCCCUGGCGGCCGGGCAGGAGAUGGCGCAGUCCAUGGGGCAUGCGCAGUUCACGCCCUUGCACCUGGCGCUGGUGCUGCUCACCGAUCCCGAGGGGCUGCUCAAGCAGGCGGUGGGCGACGAAUCCGCGGCGUCCCUGGAGAGGGUGCUCCGCCGCUACCUCAGCAAGAUCCCCUGCCAGAACCCGCCCCCGGAGGAGGUGCCCGUCAACAGCGCAUUGAGCAAGAUUGUGCGCAAGGCACAUUCGGCGCAGAAGAGCAAAGGCGACACGUACCUGGCGGUGGAUCGGCUCAUUCUGGCGCUGCUGGAAGACUCGCAGCUGUCUGACUGCCUGACGGAGGCGGGCAUCUCGCCGUCCAAGGUGAAGUCGGAGCUGGAAAAGCUGAGGGGGUCCGGCAAGAAGGUGGAGAGCGCGGGCGGGGACAGCAACUUCGAUGCGCUCAAAAAGUAUGGCAAGGACCUGGUUGAGGAGGCUGGCAAGCUGGACCCCGUCAUUGGGAGGGACGAGGAGAUCAGGAGGGUGGUACGCAUCCUGUCCCGGAGGACCAAGAACAACCCCGUGCUCAUUGGGGAGCCCGGGGUGGGCAAGACUGCCGUGGUGGAAGGCCUGGCGCAGAGGAUCGUGCGGGGCGACAUCCCCAGCAACCUGUCGGACGUGCGCGUCAUUGCGCUGGACAUGGGUGCGCUCAUUGCCGGUGCCAAAUACCGGGGUGAGUUUGAGGAGCGGCUCAAAGCCGUGCUCAAGGAGGUGGAAGACGCGCAGGGCAAAGUCAUCCUCUUUAUCGAUGAGGUGCAUCUUGUCCUCGGAGCCGGUCGUACCGAAGGCUCCAUGGACGCUGCCAACCUCUUCAAGCCCAUGCUGGCCAGGGGAACUCUCCGCUGCAUUGGUGCCACUACGCUCGCUGAGUACCGCAAGUACGUGGAGAAGGACGCAGCUUUCGAGCGGCGAUUCCAGCAGGUCUUGGUCAAGGAGCCGUCGGUGCCCGAGACAAUCAGUAUUUUGCGUGGCCUCAAGGAGAGGUACGAAGGGCAUCACGGAGUUAGGAUCAUGGACCGGGCACUCGUUGUUGCGGCGCAGCUCUCUAGUCGCUAUAUCGCGGGACGGCACUUGCCCGACAAGGCGAUUGAUCUCGUGGAUGAGGCUUGUGCUAAUGUCCGCGUGCAGCUGGACAGCCAGCCGGAAGAGAUUGACAAACUGGAGAGGCAACGCAUUCAGCUCGAAAUUGAGAUGCACGCGCUUGAAAAGGAAAAGGAUAAAGCCAGCAAAGAUCGGCUUGUGGAGGUCCAUCAGGAGCUGGACAAUCUUAAGGAGAAGUUGCAGCCUCUGAAGAUGAGAUACCAGAAGGAGAAGGAGCGCGUCGACCAGCUGCGUAGGCUGAAGAAAAAGCGUGAGGAGUUGCAAAUCAGUUUGCAAGAAGCGGAGAGAAGAAUGGAUUUGGCCCGUGCAGCCGAUAUACGUUACGGGGGCUUACAAGAGAUAGAUGCUGCUAUUGCGAGGAUCGAGAAGGAAGCUGAGGAGAAUAACAUGCUGACCGAAGCAGUAGGCCCCGAACAAAUCGCGGAGGUAGUCAGCCGAUGGACAGGAGUGCCUGUGAAGAGGUUGGGUCAAGACGACAAGGAAAGGCUGGUUGGGCUUGGUAAGCGACUCCAUGAAAGGGUGGUUGGGCAAGAUGAAGCGGUUGAGGCCGUCGCGGAGGCUGUGCUCAGAUCUCGUGCGGGGCUGGGUAGGCCACGGCAGCCCACCGGAUCUUUCAUGUUUCUUGGACCAACUGGCGUUGGAAAGACUGAGCUGGCGAAGGCGUUGGCCGAGCAGUUGUUUGACGACGAGAACCAGCUCAUCCGCCUAGACAUGUCGGAGUACAUGGAGCAGCAUGCCGUCGCAAGGCUGAUCGGUGCACCGCCGGGGUAUGUCGGCUACGAAGAAGGUGGCCAGCUAACUGAAGCUGUGAGGCGGCGUCCAUACAGUGUGAUUCUGUUUGAUGAAGUCGAGAAAGCGCAUAGUUCAAUUUUCAACACGCUAUUGCAACUUCUAGAUGACGGUCGCCUUACCGAUGGCCAGGGUCGUACGGUAAACUUUGCAGAGUGCGUAAUCAUCAUGACAUCCAACCUGGGAGCCGAGCAUCUGUUGUCUGGAAUGAUUGGGCAGACGACCAUGAAGGCGGCGAAGGAAAAAGUGAUGAUGGAGGUGAGAAGGCACUUCAGGCCGGAGCUGCUUAAUCGGCUGGACGACAUCGUCAUAUUUCAUCCAUUGUCUCACGACCAGCUUCGCAAGGUUGCCCGGAUACAGAUGAAGGAGGUGGCAAUGCGCCUGGCUCAAAGAGGAGUGGCCCUUGGUGUGUCGGACGCAGCUCUCGAUCACGUCCUAUCGGAGGCCUACGAUCCGGUUUACGGCGCCCGUCCUAUUCGCAGAUGGCUCGAGAAGAAGGUGGUGACGCAGCUUUCACGAAUGCUCAUCAAUGGAGAAAUCGACGAGAAUUCCACAGUCUACAUUGACAUAAGGCCCGGAGGAACGGAGUUAGUGUGCCGGGUAGACAAGAAUGGAAGAGGCACGGACAAGGACGUGUUGAUAAGUGUUCCGUCGUCAACGGCGUCUAGCACAGACGCCCGUGUCAAGAAGAUGAGAAUAGAGGAGACGUUGGAUGACGAUGACGAAGACAUGGAGGAAUGAGAGGCACACACACUACGACAUGGACGAAGACACUCUUUUCUGGUUGUUUCUUUUUUGUCCAGGGUGUCCUACCUAUCUCAUUGAGAAGAAAUCAAUUGCGUUGUCCCACAAA